AAUUGCAUGCUUUUGUUCUCUCUCUUUCUCUCUCUCUCUCUUAUUUUCCUUCACCCAUUUGCUAUUUUGCAUCAAAGAAAACACAGAAAACCAACGGGAGAGCCUAACCAACUCAUACUCACAAGGGGUAACCAACUCUCAUUCAUCAUGGCAGUUGAAGCACAGCACAUGAAUCUCUUCCCUUCUCAGUUACUCACCAAUAGAGAAAUGAUCAAACCCGAUCAUAAUCAAUUCUACAAUGCCCAGAUGGAUGCUGCUAUGCCCGUGUCUUCAACAAUGCCCGAAUCCUUCUUACCCUUUUACCAAUCCACCCUUUGUGGACCUCCAAAUUCCAUAAACAAAUCUGAUAGUGGCCUCACCUAUCACGUCCCUGUUCCCAGGAAGCGAUCCAGAGACUCCAUAGCCGAAUCAAACGCUCUCCCAUUUCCUCAGAAGAACAAGCUCUCAUCUCAACCAUCCUUUCUUGACCAAGAGCUUCUCUACCAUUUCCAGAACCAGCAAUCUGAGAUCGAUUGCUUCAUUGCCCAACAUACGGAGAAAGUGAGAAUGGAGUUAGAGGAACAGAGAGUGAGGCAAUCAAGAAUGUUACUAUCGGCAAUCCAAGAGGCGGUGGUGAAGAAACUGAAGGAGAAAGAGGAAGAGAUUCAGAGAAUGGGGAAGCUGAAUUGGGUGCUUCAAGAAAGGGUGAAGAGCCUCUGCGUGGAGAACAAGAUUUGGAGGGAGUUGGCACAGACAAACGAGGCCACGGCGAAUACCCUACGUAGCAAUUUGGAACAAGUGCUGGCGCACGUUAGUGAGGACCACCGCCACCACGGCAGCGGUGCAGAUGAUGAUGCAGAAUCAAGUUGCGGAAGCAACCACCAGAACGAGGAGAAUAAUGAUGCGGUGGCGGAGAGGAUGUGCAGCAACUGUGGGGUGAGAGAAUCAAUAGUACUGUUACUUCCAUGCAGGCAUCUGUGUCUAUGUACAAUGUGUGGGUCCACCAUUCACAAUUGCCCUCGAUGCCAUUCAGGCAUCAAUGCUAGCGUCCAUGUUAAUUUCUCUUAGCAAUUUACAUUUUUCAUACCAUCCAAAAAUAUACACUUUCUUUUUUCGGUCCAAAGGACAGUGUAAGAAAAAGAAAAUUAGACUUUAGAAUUCUAGAAUUCUUUUGUUAAUACAGAUUUGUUUUUUGUUUUUU